UCUCUCUCUUUUUUUUUUUCUCUCACCUUCUUUCUUUCCUUUACCUCCCUUUCAUUUUAUACAUGUAUAUUUACUGGUGACUAUGUUUGCAACAGUUUUACUCAUUGCAGCAUGGCUCAAUUCAAUGGCAGUUGCCUGUGGCAUCUCUAUACAUACUGAAGUUACAUACCGAUCUUUAGCACUAUUCGAACCAGUGACUGAAGUGCAAUCGGCGUAUAAAUCAAUCAUGGAGCGAUCUGACGGUUACGUUCAAGCCGGCUCUUUUUUUCCGGACUGGGGAUAUCAAUGCAUGGGAUAUAAUGAAGAAGCAGAGGAUGCUCAUUGGGCCCCUUUUAUUCGAACGGCCAUUGAUUAUGUUAAGGAAACCUAUCCUGCCCCUCGUACAAGUGGCGAUCCGCAUGUUGAGGGACUUGUAUCAUUUAUCUUUGCCAUCAUGUCGCAUGACGUAGCCGACGUCCGGUGGCACAGUUUGCAAGGACUCAAGGAUUAUUUCAUCGAAGCCAUGGCACACAUGGAUUUUGGUGGUGAUUACUCAAAAGCUCACACAGCUGCAGAUACAGGCGCAGAAUUCACAUUGCAACAUUCUACAAGACUCAACUAUAUCAAUGCAACGUGGCAUGUUCCUGUGCGUGACAUUGUCAAUAUUUAUGCAAGGCUAUAUAAAAACGACGCAAAUGGCAGCAGGCGGAUACCUCAUCAAGAUCAUCUUAUUUAUUGCAUGACCACAGCGUUUGCUGCGUCGAGAAUUGAUUUAGAAUUCGGUCGCUUUUUGUUUGGAUACUAUGGGUCCAAGAGUCCGUUUUUGAUUGAAGAGCUGGUGGAUCAUUAUAAAGGAGGGCUACAAGAUAUGUCAGCCAGUAUCGCAGAGUGCCAUCCCGAUAUCAUUGAGGCGCUUGAAAGAAACAAUUCAGAUCAUAAAACAUUAUGCGGAUCCUAUUUUGAUGAGGAUACCACCAACAAUCAUGACAAGAAACCAAUAAGAGGGGUUCAUCACACGCCCAAUGGAAGAUCAUCCGAUGAUGCUGGCAUUCAGCGAAUAAUCAAUAACGAACUGAUCAAGAAACUGUUUGAUGAUAAACACGGGACCCUCAGCUUGUCGUUCACGCCUACCAUGACAUCAGCCAGUAUCGACAAAAUCGAACAAGAGCAGGAGCGGGAUACAUUACCUAUCGUCCUUGACAUUAACAACAACAAAUACCAUGGUGUAUCAGCUAAAUCAUACGACAAUCGUUCACCACGUGGCAAUCGACAACAGAGUCUUUUAUUCAACUAUCAGCAAUCAAUACCGUCGUCGAUACACGAAUUUAGACGCGAUAAGCCAGUUUGUGUGAAUCUUCAUCAAGGAGAAAAUGGCAAUAAGAACCAACGACGAGGACGACGAGACACGGAAGAUAUGUCAUCUAUAACAUUGUCAUUGCCUGAAUCCUCAGCAGCCAUUGGUCACGCAACUACGAUCGGUGAUCUUGACGGAGACGGCGAGCGCGAACUGAUCAUAUCCGCGCCUUAUCAUGGCCAACAGCAACAACAACAAGAACUCAUGUCUGGUGCUGUCUUUGUGCUGAAUGGAACAAACACAUUGCUCAACACUCAUCAAACAUCAUCUUUAAUUGAUGAUAUCCGAAACGCAUCCCGUGACGUCCUUAUGGGAACUCAUCGACGAGGUCGAUUCGGAUGGUCUAUGGCAACAGUAGAUCUCAAUGGUGAUGGUAUUGAUGAUUUGGCUGUGGCUGCACCAUUUGCCAACGACAAUCAAGGUCAUGUCGAUAUCUUUUACGGACGCAAGCAUUUGGGGAUUGCUUCUUCGCCCGAUGUACGAAUCGAGGUGCCAAAUACGGAAGGAUUUGGAUUCGUAGUCGCCGGACUGGAUAUCGACGCUGAUGGACAUAAAGACUUGGUCGUUGGAUGUCCUUAUUGUGCUGUUGCUGGAAAACAACAGGCUGGAGCAGUUUAUAUCUUUCUCAGCAGCACCACCAGCAAAAAUAACAAGACAUAUACUGGCAGGCCCGAUAUAUCUAUAUACAACACUGCUCCAGAGCCGUACGAACAUUUCGGCAGUGCUUUAGAAUUUUCUUCUACUGCAAAAAUUCUACUCGUUGGAGCUCCAGGGUGUAACAACAACGACAACAAGAAGAAAAAGAACGUUGAAGAACGUGCAGGUCGUGUUUAUGCAUUCCGAGUCUAUAGCGAAAAUUCUCUGUGGGUAUCACUUGUGUGGACCAUGGCUGGUACUCACAGGUUUCAACAUUUUGGAAGCGUUAUCACGUUGGAUCGAACUCAGCGUUUGUUGGCCGUGUCAAGUCCGUCUGAAGAAACUAAAAAGGGUAUCGUACGCAAAUGGCAAGCAGGCACUGUUCGUGUGUACGAUUGGACUCGAUUACAUUAUGAAGGAGGAACGACGGUGGGUAUGAACCACCAUUUGGUUCAUCAGAUGAAUGGCCAAGAUUCAGCCGGUCAUUUGGGUCAUUCUCUGGCGUUUUUUGAUGAUGGGUUAUGGGUAGGCGAGCCCAUGGCCAACGGAGAACGCGGCCGGGUUCACCGGUGGGUAUUCAAAGAUAAUUCCGUGACAUGCAUGAUAAACGCAGAUACCAUGGUACCUAUACUUUUUUCCAGGAUCUUUUCAUAACAUCCUUAUCACUAAAGACACCCAUCCAAUUUUUUUUUCCUGGUUGUUCAGAGCCGAUUCGGUUCCCAUAUCCAACUAAUAGACGGUGCUAUUCUCGGGAUUACAUCCCAAUACUACAGC